UAAAAAAAGCGAGUGAGUGGGAAGACCACGCUGCCUUGGAUUUGAGCCCACAGAAAAAAGAGAGAGACACUAGUAGAGACUAGUAUACAAGGAAGAGAGAUCGGAUACUGGUGAAAUAAUGGCAAGCAUGCAGCUUAUGAGAAAGGAAAAUGCUAUUGUUCUUGAAGUUAUGCAAGAUAGUCCAAAAAGUCCAGAGGCAAGGCUGGGAAUGAAAGUAGAGGAUUUAUGGGAUGUUCAAGAACCACAGUUAAGUCCAACUGAGAAACUUAACGCUUGCUUUGAGAGUAUCCCUGUCUCUGCUUUCCCUCCUGCUCCUUCUUCUCAAGUGAUCGAGAUAAAAUCAGACACCAGUCUAGCAGAGGCUGUUCAAAUACUUUCAGAACACAAGAUUCUUAGUGCCCCUGUGGUGGAUGUUGAUGCUCCUGAGGAUGCUAGUUGGAUUGACAGAUACAUUGGGAUUGUUGAGUUUGCUGGGAUUGUAGUCUGGAUUUUGCAUCAGUCGGAACCUCCAUCACCCAGGAGUACAACCCCGGGAUCAGCUCUUGAAGUAGCUGUUAAUAGAGUGACCAAUGCAGCUAGUUUCGGGAUCUUAGGCCCUGAAGAUGCUCAAGCAACUUCUGGAAAUUUUUUUGAGGCACUGACUUCUUCUGAAUUCUACAAGAACACGAAGGUUCGAGACAUUGCAGGGUCAUUCCGUUGGGCACCAUUUCUUGCCUUACAGAAAUCAAACUCCUUUUUGACCAUGCUUCUGCUGCUUUCAAAUUACAAAAUGAAGAGCGUUCCAGUGGUUGAUCUGGGUGAGGCGAAGAUUGACAACAUCGUCACUCAGUCUUCUGUUAUUCACAUGUUAGCAGAAUGUGCUGGGCUUCAAUGGUUUGAAAGUUGGGGAACCAAGAAACUUUCUGAAAUUGGUCUUCCCCUGAUGACCCGUGAUCAUGUAGUCAAGGUGUACGAGGAAGAACCAGUGCUCCAGGCAUUUAAGCUGAUGAGGAAAAAGAGAGUUGGAGCAAUACCUAUUGUUGAUGGUAGCGGUAUAAAGGUUGUUGGCAACAUAAGUAUAAGAGAUGUCCAGUUCCUUUUAACUGCACCAGAGAUCUACCACGAUUAUAGAUCUAUCACAGCGAAGAACUUCUUGACAGCAGUUAGAAGCUACUUGAAGAAGCAUGAAGGAACCUCACCUUUUGUGAGUGGCAUGGUGGUAUGCACAAAAAACCACUCUGUUAAAGAAUUGAUUAUGAAGCUUGACUCUGAGAAAAUCCACCGCGUAUAUGUUGUGGAUGAUGCUGGGAAUCUGGAAGGGGUGAUCACAUUGAGAGACAUAAUCUCAAGGCUUGUACAUGAGCCCUAUGGCUACUUUGGUGAUUUCUUUGAUGGAGUGCUGCCAUUACCCUUGAACAGUAGAGUAUAAGAGGCAGUAGAGUGCAAGGGGUAUUAUAAUGAUCUUGUCAUUCCCUAAUAAUUGACGGUGUUUUUCAAAUGUUUUCUGCUAAUCUCUUUCUGAUUGUUGGAUACAGUAAAUGUGGUGGUUAUAACAUAGGCGAGCACCCCUGUAAUUAGUUCUCCUCCACUCCGACGUUGAUGUAUCACAGAACUCGAAUUUGAGCUCCUUGUGUGUUAAAAUCAAACAAGCAGGACUUCUUCUGCUUGUCCUCAUUAAGUUCAAUGCUAAGUUUUCCAAGGAGUAAA